AUGGCUCAAGUCUGGAAGUUUAAUGUAGACAAUGGGAUAUACAAGGGACACUGUUUUCGAAUCAACCAUUUCCCCGAAGACAACGACUAUGAUCACGAUAGCUCUGAAUAUCUUCUCCGUAUAGUACGUGCUUCCAGCGUGUUUCCCAUCCUAAGCACAAUCUUGCUGUUACUGGGAGGGCUCUGCGUUGGAGCUGGGAGGAUUUAUAGCAGCAAAAACAACAUUAUCCUUAGUGCUGGAAUUCUUUUUGUAGCAGCAGGAUUAAGUAACAUAAUAGGAAUUAUUGUCUACAUCUCCAGCAAUGCAGGCGAUCCUAGUGACAAGCGGGAUGAGGAUAAAAAGAACCAAUACAGUUACGGCUGGUCUUUUUAUUUUGGAGCCUUGUCUUUUAUUGUGGCGGAAACAGUUGGUGUGCUGGCUGUGAACAUUUAUAUUGAUAAAAACAAAGAGCUGAGGUUUAAGACCAAGAAGCAGUUCCUUAAGACUUCUGCUUCCCCUUACGCAAGGAUGCCAAGCUACAGAUACAGAAGAAGAAGGUCCAGAUCCAGUUCUCGAUCCACAGAACCUUCUCCGUCUAGGGACAUUUCUCCAGUUGGGAUGAAAAUGGCAGGUUCUCUUCCGAUGAAUGAAAUCUCCAUGUACACCCUCUCCAGGGAACCUUUGAAAGUCACCACAGCAGCAAGUUACAAUAUAGAACAAGAUGCUGGCUUUCUUCAAGUCCACAAUUUCCUUCAAAAGGAAUUCAAAGAGGGACUUCAUAUCAAUAUGGUCAACAGGAGAACAACACCUGUUUGAAGGGAU